AUGAUGCACAUAAAUAGAUCUAUUUGUAUUUGGAGCAUCAGCAGAGAAAGCUUGUUUCGACAAGUACAAGCUACAGUUGUGAAUAAUAUAACUGGAAAAAUAAAAGUGAGUAGUCAUAAAAAACCAAGUAUUGUAGAACCAAAGACCUCAUUUCCAAAAAGUAAAAAAAUUGAAAAAACAACAAAUCGCUACGACAGACGACGACGAAUUUUCAUUUCUACAUCGCUUAUAAGAUUUGGCUCGACAACAAACAUUUUUUUAAUGCACCAAAAAAAAACAUGUUUUCAUUGUUACGAUGAUGUUUAUUUAGCCAUCCAUGAUCCAGAGAAGCCAUAA